AUGUCUGCUGCAUCCCCUCGCCGCAACAACAGAGUCCAGGCAUGUACGAACUGUUCCCGAGCCAAGGCGAAAUGCGUCUGGCCGGGGACUGAAAGUCCUGCCUCCGAUACUUGCCAAAGGCCGCGGUCCUGUAGCCAUACAAAGGUCCUUGAACGAAAGCUAGACGACAUCAUGUCGCUUCUGAAUCGCGACCGCGAACAUUCAGCUCCAAACAGCCAGGCUUCAGACAGCCAUCCAUCACCAUCGAUCAACCUCCAUUUAACGACAACGCAGCACCAAUCAGAUGGCUCUUAUUCGCCAUUGAACUCGACCGCAACUCCGGUCCAAUUGCUUCAAGGAAUAUUGACAAUCGUCCCAGGAUACCGAGUCACCUUGCAAGAAGCCAACAGGAUUCUUCAACUGUACAUGUCCGACAUGGUCCCUCAAUUCCCAUUCGUCCCUUUACCCGUAAGGAGAGCUUACUCGGAAUCGAUCUUGCGACUAGCAGAAGACUUGGAACUGACACAACGCCCUGAUCUCUUGACAUUCACCUCCCGAUCAAUCGUCGAGAAUGCUGCGCACCUGAGAGACGAUCUCAGCAGCCGAUCCCAUCACACAAACGGAGGCCGGCGCGCUGUUCUAGGUCUCUUCUAUAUCAAUUCAGUACUUGGUAGCAUCCUCGGUAGAACCUCACGGCUGGAAUUUGCACGUUACUUUGAUGACUGCUGCGAGAAACUGUCUAGUGACAACGAGCUUCCAACCGACUCUUUGCUUGUACAUCUGGUCAGGCCAUUCGGUGGCUUCCAUGCCAUGGUCAUCGCCAACGUACAAAAGGAACUGGAGACAUUCGUCGAAUCCUUGCCACCUCCUCUUCGUUCAAACUGCACGACCUGUUCUCAUUGCAUGGCCAUACGCAUUCGACUGUUCGAACCCGCCAUACAUGCCAACGGAACCCAUGGAUUUAAAUCCCCUCACCUGAGGUCUCGAAUUAUGUGGCGCUGUUUUACGAGCACUCAGGAACUCUUGCAUGCGUUCCUCUCCCUGAGUGUGGAUACGUAUCCAACUCUCACAUUCAUUUCCAUUCUCCAUCUGACACUCGCCAUCGUCAAAGCAGCAGGGCUUUUGAGUGUAGUGGACCACGAUUGGGACCUGGAUACAGCGAGCGCAAACUUAGAUUUGGCCGACACGUUGCAAGUAUUGAGCGACCGGUUCAUCACCAGCCCUCGCGCCAACGGCUAUGGUAGCACGAUCUUGAGCAGUCGUCAGCGGAUGGUAUCAGCUUAUGCCGAAAACUACUUGGGUAUCAGGAGCUGGUACUUAUCCAAGAUCGGCUCUACUGCUGCUCCUGAUGCUGUGCCGACGAUGAUGGACCCUGCCUUCUUGCAGGACAGCGGGAUGACAGAAGGAUUUGACUUUUGGCAGCAUCUAUUGGGUUUAUCUUACGGGAAUCUACCAAAUGUGUAA